AUGGCAGACCACGAGAAGCCUACCGUAGACCAUGGUCUGGCUCAUGACCGCCUCGAAGGAGAGGGUGCUGUUGCUGGCCACCAGGGUGAUGAGCCGCCACACCAUGGCAUGUCUGUCGGAGAGUACAUCCGCACUCGCUUCACCAGCCUGAAGCCUCCCAUGACCAAGCUGCCAAACCCAAUCAAGCUGUUGCUGAUGCUCAGUGCUCACCACUGGGCCUUCUUUGGUGUCGGAUUCCUCGGCUGGACUUGGGAUGCCUUUGACUUCUUCACCGUUUCUCUGACCGCUACCGAUCUCGCCGAGACGUUUGGAAAGACUGUUGCCGAAAUCACCUGGGGGAUUACUCUGGUGCUUAUGUUUCGAUCUGUGGGCUCGAUUCUCUUUGGUAUCGCAGCCGACCGUUACGGGAGAAAAUGGCCUUUUAUCGUGAACAACCUGCUGUUUGUCGUCCUUGAAUUGGGCACUGGUUUCUGUCAAACGUACCAGCAAUUUCUUGCCUGUCGCGCGCUCUUCGGAAUUGCCAUGGGUGGACUCUAUGGCAACGCUGCUGCCACCGCUCUGGAGGAUCUUCCAGAGGAAGCCCGAGGCUUGAUGAGCGGCAUCCUCCAGCAGGGCUACGCUUUUGGGUAUCUUCUCGCGACCGCCUUCUCUCGAGGUCUCGUGAACACUACCUCUCAUGGGUGGCGCCCACUCUUCUGGUUCGGCGCUUGCCCGCCCAUCCUCAUCAUCGUCUACCGGCUGCUACUCCCCGAGACGAGAGUCCACCAGCAGCGCGAGUCUGUGCGGAGGACGGCCCGAACCGAGGGCUCGAGUGUCUCCAAGACAUUUUUGCUCGAGGGAAAGGUCGCGUUGAAGAGACACUGGCUUCUGCUCACCUAUCUUGUCUUGCUCAUGGCCGGCUUCAACUUUAUGAGCCAUGGUAGCCAAGAUCUCUACCCCACGAUGCUCCAGAACCAAUUUGUAUUUGGUGCCAACGCCGUGACCGUCACGCAGGUCGUCGCUAAUUUGGGUGCUAUGACUGGUGGUACGGUGAUCGGCUACCUCUCGCAGAGCUUUGGCCGGCGCCUCUCGAUCAUCUGCAUCUGUGUCGUGGGUGGCGCACUCCUGUACCCGUACACCUUUGUAACGACCGAGCGCGUGAUAGCCGCAGCCUUCUUCGAACAGUUCUGCGUCCAGGGCGCGUGGGGCGUGAUACCCAUCCACCUGAUGGAACUGUCUCCCGGCGCAUUCCGCACCUUUGUCGUGGGCACGUCCUACCAACUCGGCAACCUGGUCAGCUCGGCGAGCUCGACCAUCGAGGCCACCACCGGCGAGAGGUUCCCGCUCUCCCCGCUGGUGAAAGACGGGAAGUCGACUCCGAGGUAUAACUAUGGCAAGGUGAUCUGCAUCUUUAUGGGUUGCGUCUAUGCCUAUGUUAUCCUGCUCACGUUCAUCGGCCCGGAGCACCUCCGUCGCAAAUUCGAGGUUGAACAUGACGCCGACGUGCGCGAGAUUGCCAACGAGGAGACUAUCGAGCAAGCCAUCCACCGCCGCGAGAGGAUGGGCAUGGGACUCAGCGACGAGGAUCUGGCGGAUGCCGCCGAGGUCAAGCGCUUGGGGCAGGUCCAAAGGGAGAAACCCACGGCACAAAGCAUGGUCUAA